AUGGGGCAAGGUUUUGCUGAUCAGAGAAAGGCUGCCUGGAAGGUGGCAGUGGAGGAUGGGGGCUACAGGAGGCAGUGCGGGUUCUUGUUUGGAGAACGGCCAUUCUGGUGGGUCUAUGAAUCCGGGCUCCACAGCAAGGAAGACGUCCUGCUUCGCCAGUUCCCUGUCUCCUGUGAAACAGGGCCAGGUAGCCCCUCCGGCCAUUGCAUGAUCACAGGGGCAGCCUUGUGGCCAAUAGUCUCUGCUCUCAUGGCUCUGGCAUCCCGACACUCCAGUAGCCGGCUGGUGAAGUUCGCCCCUUUCAUGGUCUACGUUCUCCUCCUGCUGGCUGUGGGGCUCUCACGUAUCUUCAUCCUGGCGCACUUCCCCCACCAGGUGCUGGGUGGCAUCGUAGCGGGCGCUGCCCUGGGCUGGGUGUUGGCGGCCCGCGGCCCCGAGGAAAGGGAGCUAAGUUUCUACAUCGCCACCUCGCUGGCCCUGCUGCUGAGCGCGGCGGGGCUGUACGGGAGCAUGCGCGCUCUGGGCACGGACAUGGACUGGUGAGUGUCCCUCGUGGACAGGGCCCC